AUGGCACAAAAUAAUAAAAGUCAUCCAGAUGAAUUCAUCCUCCUAGGCUUUGCUGACUAUCCUUGGCUGGAGCUGCCUCUCUUUAUUAUUCUUCUGAUCAUAUACCCUAUGACCAUAACGGGAAACAUUGCCAUCAUCCUGGUAUCCAAGCUGGACCCCAGACUCCACAGCCCCAUGUAUUUUUUCCUCACCAACCUCUCCUUUCUGGACAUGUGUUAUAUUACAAGCAUUGUCCCUCAGCUGCUGGUUAACCUAGGAAGCUCCAAAAAGACCAUCAGCUAUUUGGGCUGUGUAGUUCAACUUUAUUUUUUCCAGUGGAUGGGGAGUACAGAAUGUCUGCUCCUAGCUCUCAUGUCCUUGGAUCGCUACAUGGCUAUCUGCAGGCCUCUACACUACACUAUCAUUAUGAACCAACGAACUUGCUUCCUACUAGUUUCCAUUGUGUGGCUGAGUGCAAUAACUGUUGUUGUCUCACAGGGCACAGUAACAUUACAACUUCCUCUCUGUGGUAUCAGCCAGCUAGAUCAUUUCUUGUGUGAGAUUCCUGUUCUGCUAAAGAUUGCUUGUGGUGAAAAGCAUGCUGUUGAGCUCAUGCUCUCAGUAAUAUGCACUUUUCUUAUGGCUAUUCCACUUUGCUUAAUUCUUAUUUCAUAUAUUUGUAUUGGGCAAGCUGUACUGAAGAUUAAGUCUUCUGAGGGAAGAAAAAAGGCUUUUGGGACAUGUUCUUCUCACCUUAUUGUUGUUCUUUUAUUUUAUGGCCCAGCUAUUAGCAUGUACCUUCUGCCUCCUUCCUCCAUCGCAAGGGACCAGCCCAAGUUCAUGGCUCUCUUUUAUGCAGUGGUAACACCUACACUCAACCCCUUCAUCUACACACUUAGAAAUAAGGAUGUGAAGGGAGCAUUAGGCAACCUCAUAAGGAAUAUUUUUGGUUCCAAGUGA